ACACGGAGCAGUGCGUGCAAGCCUACAACAUCACUCCGGCACAUCGACAAUCGUUCGCGCGCUCCCGCUCCCGCUUCCCGCCAAAACGACACUAGUGUGACGUUGAAUUUUAUAUUCUGUGAUUCUGUGUUUAAUAUGUCAGUGAAUGCAUAAAAUUAUUUAUACUGAUAAAGUUAAAACAUGACUGUUGCAAGUGAAGAGCAAGAGCCACUUAUUUCUUCGUCUGUAGAGAAUCAACGCGUGACGUACAAUAAUUCGCCACAGGAUGGAAACUCCCGUCCAGGUACUCCAUCAGGUGACGGUGAAGUCAGUGUGCCCAUGCCACGUAACUAUGGAGCAAUCGGCGGUGUGGAGAAAGUCACGUACACUUGGUCUGAUAUCAACGCGUUUGCAUCGCAGACCAGGUCCAGGAGGCGAUUAUGGAAUUUUUGGAAAACUUCGCCCAACGGCAUGUUCCAACAGAGAAAGCAGUUACUGAAAAGCGUAAAUGGUGCAGCAUAUCCAGGUGAGUUACUAGCCAUCAUGGGAUCAUCUGGAGCUGGCAAGACCACUCUUCUCAAUACUCUGACCUUCCGUACACCAAGCGGUGUCGUUUCUAGUGGUACCAGGGCUCUAAAUGGACAGCCAGCUACACCUGAAGCGCUGACAGCGCUAUCUGCAUAUGUUCAGCAACAGGAUUUGUUUAUUGGCACUUUAACUGUUCGGGAGCAUCUCAUCUUUCAGGCUUUAGUACGCAUGGACAGACAUAUACCAUACGCACAACGCAUGCGCAGAGUGCAAGAAGUUAUUUCAGAGCUAGCACUAUCGAAAUGCCAGAAUACGGUUAUUGGUAUACCAGGACGCUUGAAAGGCAUAUCAGGAGGGGAGAUGAAGAGGUUGUCAUUCGCAAGCGAAGUCCUCACAGACCCACCGCUAAUGUUUUGCGAUGAGCCUACCUCAGGAUUGGACUCCUUUAUGGCACAGAAUGUUAUACAGGUAUUAAAAGGUCUGGGGCAGAAGGGAAAGACGGUGGUGUGCACCAUACACCAGCCAUCAUCUGAGUUGUACGCCAUGUUCGAUAAAUUGCUAAUCAUGGCCGACGGUAGAGUCGCUUUCCUCGGUUCUCCUGAUCAAGCCACAGAAUUCUUCAGGGAGCUCGGAGCUGCGUGCCCAGCAAAUUACAAUCCCGCCGAUCAUUUCAUACAACUCCUGGCGGGGGUGCCGGGUCAGGAAGAGGCUACUCGCCACACCAUAGACACUGUGUGUACAGCCUUCGCCAAGUCAGAUGUUGGUUGUAAAUUGGCAGCGGAGGCUGAAAAUUCGUUGUUCCGCGAGAGUAAGAUAUCUGGUGGAUGGACAGAAGCGGCAUGGGCUAGUGCCGCCGCCUUACGUUCGCAUCGCUCCCCAUACAAGGCGUCUUGGUGCGCUCAGUUCAGAGCGGUGCUAUGGCGCUCAUGGCUAUCUGUGACCAAGGAGCCCAUGUUGAUCAAAGUUCGCUUCUUGCAAACUGUGAUGGUGUCAAUAUUAAUUGGCGUUAUCUACUUCGGACAACACCUGGACCAAGAUGGCGUCAUGAACAUCAACGGAGCCAUAUUUAUUUUCCUCACAAAUAUGACCUUCCAAAAUAUUUUCGCAGUCAUAAAUGUAUUCUGUUCAGAACUGCCUAUUUUCAUUCGUGAACACCACAAUGGGAUGUAUCGAGCUGAUGUCUACUUUUUAUCCAAGACCUUAGCGGAGGCCCCCGUUUUUGCCACAAUACCUCUCGUUUUCACCACAAUAGCAUAUUACAUGAUCGGAUUGAACCCUGCACCGGAGAGAUUCUUCAUAGCCUCAGGGUUGGCGGCGCUCAUAACCAAUGUUGCUACAUCUUUUGGAUACCUGAUAUCGUGUGCUAGCAGCAGUGUGAGCAUGGCCGCAUCAGUGGGACCCCCCAUCAUCAUACCAUUCAUGCUCUUUGGUGGAUUUUUCCUUAACUCUGGCUCCGUCCCACCGUAUCUUGGCUGGAUAUCAUACCUCUCCUGGUUUCGAUACGGCAACGAGGCACUGCUGGUGAACCAGUGGUCUGGGAUCGACUCCAUCGCGUGCACAAGGGAGAACUUCACAUGCCCUGCUUCCGGGCAGGUCGUACUUGAGACCUUGAGUUUCUCUGAGGACGACUUCCAGAUGGAUAUAAUCAGCAUGGUACUUCUGUUCGUUGGCUUCCGAUUGCUCGCCUAUUUCGCUCUGCUACUGCGUACGCGACGGGCUAAAUAAAUAUCACUAUAUUUUAUUAUUAUAUAUCAGUAGAAUUGAGUAAAGUUUACUGUUAACCUAAACUCACAUUAUCAGAUUUAAUCCGGACGGUCAGUGUCGACGACAACGUUCGAUUGGCAUAUUUCCAAAAAGGGCGGAGCGUAACAUCCAAUACGUACAUCGAACUGCAUUGUCGACAAGUGCCGUCCGACUUUUAUCGGUAAUGUGUAGGACUCUUAGGAAUUUCAAUUACGAGUAUUAAUUUAUACAGUACCUAAUAAUUAUUUUAUAUCUGUUCUACA